GGGGAGGGCAGGGGGCGGGGAAGAGGAGGACGGCGCUGGCGGGCAGUGAUGGCGGCGGGUGAUGGGGACGUGAAGCUAAGCACCCUGGGGAGUGGCAGCGAGAGCGGCAGCGACGGCAGCAGCGAGAGCCCAGGCGGCGCGGGAGCCGAAGGGGGCGGCUGGGCGGCGGCGGCGUUGGCGCUACUGACGGGGGGCGGGGAGAUGCUGCUGAACGUGGUGCUGGUGACGCUGGUGCUGCUGGGGGCCUACCGGCUGUGGGUGCGCUGGGGGCGACGGGGUCUAGGCGCCGGGGCUGGAGCAGGCGAGGAGAGUCCCGCCACCUCUCUGCCUCGUAUGAAGAAGCGGGACUUCAGCUUGGAACAGCUGCGCCAGUACGACGGGUCCCUCAACCCGCGCAUCCUGCUCGCCGUCAAUGGGAAAGUCUUCGACGUGACCAAAGGCAGCAAGUUCUACGGCCCCGCGGGCCCAUAUGGAAUAUUUGCUGGUAGGGAUGCUUCCAGAGGACUGGCUACAUUUUGCCUAGAUAAAGAUGCUCUAAGAGAUGAAUAUGAUGAUCUGUCAGAUUUGAAUGCCGUACAAAUGGAGAGUGUUCGAGAAUGGGAAAUGCAGUUUAAAGAAAAAUAUGAUUAUGUAGGCAGACUCCUAAAACCAGGAGAAGAACCAUCAGAAUAUACAGAUGAAGAAGAUACCAAGGAUCAUAAUAAACAGGAUUGAACUUUGUAAACAACCAAAGUCAGGGGCCUUCAGAACUGCAAUUCUUACUCCCUUUCACAGAAUGUCCAGCAUCUUUGGGUAUGGUUCACCUGCUGCGAAAAACACUCAACAGAUUGUAUACAAGAUCAAUGAGGCUCACUAUGAAGAUUUGAAUACUAGAUUGUUUAUGCUGCCAACCUCAUUUGUUGCAGUUGUUUGUACUGUCUGGUGGGGCUUCAUCAUUCUGCGGGGGGAAAAAGGAAACAGGGAUUUUAAGAACAAGAAAGUCAUGAGGUUACUUUUACUUUUUUCUUUUAUUUCUCUCGUUUUUUUGUUUGUUUUUUGCUUUUUUUAUCAGCGACAACCCAAUAUGUAUUGGCUACUCUUCAAGUAUACAGAUCUCAAAAAACAGCAAAGGACUCUUACUUCACAUGCUGUGUUUUUGUAUUAGCCUCAAGGAAGAAUAGUCCAGGGCAGGGAAGUGGGGUGGCUGCACAUCAAUUGGAGUAGUUGAGGCUACUGAAACAUUAAAAUGUGAAUUCCCAAACAUUUCUCUUUGGCCUUUGUCAGAGAAAGUAGAAGAAAAGCUAUUUCUAAGAAAUCUUUAGAAAUUGGAGAAGGGGUUUCAAGUAUAUUUAAGUCAAAGCUAAUUCUCCAAUAGUAAGAUCAUUUGAAAACAGUUUUUAUCCCUUCCUUUACCCAAGAUAAAAAUCAAUAUUAAUUGUGCCUUAUUUCUCACAUAGACUUGAAUUAUUUUUAGGGAAAGCCCCUAUAUGAAUUCAGAAGUCACUACAAGCAGCAUUGAGACUGAAGUUGGAAUAUUCUGUUGACUGCAAAGCCUUGAUAUCAUUCUUUGUGUAUAGAAUGUAAAAGGAAUAUUCAGUGUUACUGCCAUAUAUGUUAAUAUACACAAACUUAAUUAGCAUUGUAAUGGCCAAAUGCAUCCCUUCCACCACCACCCCCCCAUGCUUUUCUCUUUUCAAAAAUAAUUGAAAUACAAAUCAACAACUCUACCCCCCAACAGCUGCCUAAUUUUAGGAGUGUGAUCCUCACAUCUCAGUGUUGUGGGUCUAUGGGGAUGUGGUAUGAAUGUCUGUAUGCGUGUGUCUGAAUGUAUGUGAGAGCACCUUGUAAGGGACUCUUUCUGCAGAUACUGUAAAUACCAUUUUAAUAAAGCAUGUACAAUAAACCAAAA